GGGUCUAAGUCUGGGCAGCCGAAGAGUGUGGUUAGCAAGAUGAACAAAGAUGCGCAGAUGAGAGCAGCAAUUAACCAAAAGUUGAUAGAAACUGGAGAAAGAGAGCGCCUCAAAGAAUUGCUGAGAGCUAAAUUAAUUGAAUGUGGCUGGAAGGAUCAAUUGAAAGCACACUGUAAAGAGGUAAUUAAAGAAAAAGGACUAGACCACGUUACUGUUGAUGACUUGGUGGCUGAAAUCACUUCAAAAGGCCGAGCCCUGGUACCUGACAGUGUAAAGAAGGAGCUCCUACAGAGAAUAAGAACAUUCCUUGCUCAGCAUGCCAGCCUCUAAGAUUGGAUUAGAUCAUGUUAUUCUGUGGUUUUCUCUCUGAAAGUGAAACUCGCCAUACAUUAGAAAUCAGUU